AUGGUGUGUAAAUUGCAGGGCAUCCGACAUUGCCUGAGAGGGAUCUCCAUGAAUGUGGUUCUACUGGAUGACGAGGACUCGCCUUGGAGCUUGAAGUUUGUGAGAGGACAAAUACUCAAGGCCUUGGAGUCUGAAUCUGGGAUGCAGGAAAAUGGCGUGACGCUCAAUCUCACGGUGAAAUUUGGUGGUUUUAACACCACCAUCUACCGACAAAGAGGCUGUUCCAGUAGCUCAUGUGAAGGAGUGGCCGAGUUAAGAAACCUCAUGAUUACGGGUGACUUGGGAUGUGCCAUGCUGGGACCCACGUGCACAUUAGCUACCUUCCAUAUGGUUGAUGCUGAAAAGGGUCUCAAACUGAGCACACCCAUCAUCUCGGCGGGAAGCUUCGGCACCUCCUGCGAUUACACUGUCAACCUGCAACGCCUCCUGCCGCCCGCGCUCAAAGUCUCCCACUUUUUCAUCCACUUCUGGAAAGAACAUAACUCCAUCAAGCCGGUGUGGGAGACGGCUUAUGUGUACAAGAAGCAGGAAAAUACAGAGGAAUGCUUUUGGUAUAUAAAUGCACUGGAGGCAGGCAUUUUUGUCCAAAGUGUGGAACGAACCAUGCUGCGCAAACCGGAAGACCUGCAAGCAGUCAUGUCAUCAGAUGGGAAGAGGAGAAGCAACUUGUUCAUCAUGUGUGGUUCAGUGAUGGAUGUUCUGGAGGCAAAGAAUCUCUCAGCAGAGGCAGACAGCAGUGACAUUCUCUUCAUCCUCAUCGAUCUCUACAACGACCAAUAUUACAUCAAUACAACGUCUCUGCCAUCCAUGAAGAAUGUUUUGGUACUCACUAUGCCCAACACCAGAAAUUACACCAUAGACUCCGACCCGGAAAGCAACACCACAAUGAAUGACUACAUGGCUGCCUACCACGACGCAGCGCUGCUGGUCAGUCGGGCGAUAAGGGAAAUAGUGCAGAAACCUCAGUCAGUGGGUCAUCAGGUGCCAUAUGUUAAUGUGAAUUACCUCAGGAACAUCUCAUUUGAUGGCAUUGCAGGAAACUACCGGCUAGACGAGCACGGAGACAGAGAUGUGACUCUGUCUAUCAUUUACACCACCAAUGACAACAAGUAUCGAACCUUAUUUACCUUUGACACGGAGCACAGCCUGACCACACUGGUUGAGACUGACCCUUCCUUCGUCUGGGGAAACAGGCUUCCGAAUUUCAAGCCGGCUCAAGAGGCAGCAUCACUUGACGUCGUGGUCAUAGUAUUGGCGGUGACUGUGGUGGUGGUGGCCACCAUUGCCUUCAUCUUCUACAGACAGAACAGGAGAGAUCGUCUGCUGAGGAAACGCUGCUCCGACUCCCACAUCCUCUCUGAGCUAGUCACCCUGCUAGACGACGACUCACUCAACCAAGUCUCUCUGAAGAUUGAAUAUGAGAGGAAAAACAAAGUAUUCAAGAUCCGUCGUGCACUCUACGAUAAGAAGAUUGUCAUUCUGAAGGAGCUCAACCACUCAGACGGGAACUUUGAUGAGACACAGAAACUGGAGCUUAAUGCUCUCCUCCAAAUCGACUAUUAUAACCUCACAAAGUUCUACGGCACGGUGAAGUUGGAUGAGGGUGUGUUUGGGGUGUUUGAGUAUGGCGAGCGGGGGUCACUUAGGUACGUGCUGAAUGACAAGGUUUCCUACCCAGAGGAGACCUUCAUGGACUGGGAGUUCAAGAUCUCCGUUAUGUACGACAUCGCAAAGGGCAUGUCCUACCUGCAUGCCAGUGACAUCCAGGUGCAUGGACGCCUCAAGUCCACCAACUGUGUGGUGGACAACCGCAUGGUGGUGAAGAUCACAGAUUUUGGCUGCAACUCCUUUCUCAAGCCUGGCAGAGAUUUGUGGACAGCACCGGAGCAUCUAAGGAAGCAGGGCACCUCCCAAAAAGGAGAUGUAUACAGCUUUGCCAUCAUUGCUCAGGAGAUAGUUCUUCGAAAAAGCACCUUCUAUACCGAAAGCUGCUCCGACCGCGCAGAAAAGCUGUCCAAGGUCAUCAUGUCCUAUUUCAGGCCCGAUCUGAACUUUGACACAACUUCUGAGAAAGAACAUGAGGUGUAUAUGCUGAUUAAAAGUUGUUGGGACGAGGAUGCUGAGAAAAGACCCGACUUUAAGAAGGUAGAAAACUGUUUGGGCAAAAUCAUCAGUAAAAUUCACAACGAAGACAACGAGAGUUACAUGGACAACUUGAUUCGCCGACUGCAGAUGUAUUCCAGGAACCUGGAGCACCUGGUGGAGGAGAGAACGGCCCUUUACAAAGCGGAGAGGGAUCGAGCAGACUGCCUCAACUUCAUGCUACUUCCUGGCCCUGUGGUGAAGAGCCUGAAGGAGACGGGCGUGGUGGAGCCUGAGCUGUAUGACGAGGUGACUAUUUACUUCAGUGACAUCGUGGGCUUUACCACGCUGUGCCAGUACAGCACGCCAAUGGAGGUUGUCGACAUGCUCAAUGACAUCUACAAGGGCUUUGACAGCAUCCUGGACCACCAUGAUGUCUAUAAGGUGGAGACAAUAGGUGAUGCCUACAUGGUGGCCUCUGGUCUACCGAGGCGGAAUGGCAACAGGCACGCAGUGGAUAUCUGCCGCAUGGCCUUGGACAUUUUGGCCUUCAUGGGCACCUUCCAGCUCCGACACCUGCCCGGCAUCCCUGUGUGGAUACGCAUCGGUGUGCACUCAGGUCUGUGUGCAGCAGGCGUGGUGGGGAUAAAGAUGCCCAGAUAUUGCUUAUUCGGGGACACGGUCAACACGGCAUCUCGAAUGGAGUCCACAGGACACCCCCUGCGGAUCCACGUCAGUCAGCCCACUAUAAAUAUCCUCACGAGGACAGACUGCAAGUUUGAGUAUGAGAUGAGAGGGGAAACGUAUCUAAAGGGUAAAGGAACAGAGACCACAUAUUGGUUGACGGGUGAGACGGGUGAAGACUAUGACCUACCGACUCCACCCACAACGGAGAACUUUCAGCGGCUCCAGCAAGACCUUGCCCACAUGAUCCUGGCCUGUCUGGAACGCCGCUCCCAAGGCUCCAUACGCAGAAAGCGGACACUUUUGGGUCAAAGCCAGGAUGGCCGCAUGGGGCGAGAGCCUGAGGUGGAACCUCCAGAAUACUUGCAUCUGGCCACUGUGGACAACACCCUGAGCACCUUCUUGUAGAAUAAACCUUCCGUGAACAAGAGGUAAUGAAGGGGGACGGCUCUGUGUGACCUUUACACAUCAAAUACUGCAAGUAUACAACAGGAAGCAUUUAACAAGCGGAUGAACACACACACGACACAAAGAUGGAGCAAAGCACUCUGACAUGCAAACAGAAGUAUAAAAAAAACCUCACCGAGUAGAUAGAUCAUCACCCCAACUACAAACCCCUGAAUAUUUUGUAACGUGAGACAUUUCAACCUUGAUAAUAAAUAAGAACCAAAUAUACAAAAGAAUUAAAAAAAGACAUGUACAAAAUAGCCUUCACAAUGUCAUCUCCAAAUGUGGCCAACUCUUAAAGAUAUGUACUAAGAUUAGACUAAAACGAUGUUUUAACUGACUCCUCUUUGAAAAUCUAUUUUUUACAUGCUUGAACUGAAGGCACUGAAUAAUACAAGUACUGUAUUUUAAAAAGUAACAUUUCUAACACCACAAAUAUGAUUCACAUCAGCCUAGAAAACAUCUCAUACGACCAUGAAUUGUGCAGCAAAAAAUUUACCGCGAUGAUCCCAAUGUUACACUUUUGAUGUCAAACUCAUGGGGGUGGGGGCGUCUCGGUGCCUGAUUGUCUCUAACCUACCACACACGCUUAUUGUGUGUGUAUAUGUGCGUGUCUCUGGUCCAUCUGUGCUACACGACGUAAGCGGCGAGCCUCCAGAUGGCUGCAGUUGUCUCAAAAGAGAGCUAAUCUCUCAAGUCGUGGGUGUUAACGCAACCCGGCUAGAGCCUGUGACCUCAGCGUCACGCAUUCAGAGGCAAACCAAGCAUUUGCCCGGGACCCUGGCUUUUAGGGGGCCUCCGCUUUGGAGGGCCCUAGGAGACAGUGGCAUUAAUUUAUCCAAACUGCAAGGAGUUUUUAUUAUACUCAUGCAGUACAUUACAGUCAAUCACAGGAGCGCUUUGGCUCCUUGGAGGGAGGCUCACAAUCUAAGACUAUGAAAACCUGUUUUAAAAUAACGAAAGAGGAUUAAAAGAGGAUUUAAAAAAACUGAAUUUUCCGGCCCAUUCCCACUAUAUCAGCAUAAAAAAAACUGCAAUAUUGGUGGAUAGCUGUGUUGGAUUUUUUCACGAUCAUGACAACCGAUAUUGUAAAAAAGGCUGUAUACAACACGUGUUGAGAUAUGUCAUGUUACACAUAUCGGAAUCAGUUGAUAUCAGUAUCGGAAAUUCAGAGUUAGAAAAUAUCAGCAUAUCGGUUUUCGACAAAAAAGCCAAUAUAAAGAGGGACACGGCUAAAGAGUAAAUCUACCUUUUUGUGAUAAUGAGGCUUUUAUUUGUUUAAAUGGGACAAAGCACGGGCCGCACGGUCGAAGAUUAGGUUAGCAUGUUGGCCACACAGUCGGGAGACCGGGAAGACCUGGGUUCGAUUCUCCGCUUGGGGGUUCCACAUCUCUUAUGUUCUCUCCGGGAAGUCAGUUGGGAUAGGUUCCAGCAUACCCUCAUGAUGGAUAGAUGUCAAAUAUAUUAAGGUGAUGCAUGUUAAGCAACAGCAGUUUUGUGCUACACAUCAGAUGAUUGUAUCAUUUGGGUGUUAAUUUGGUGUGCCUAUGAAUUCCACCGUGGCGGCAACACUACAAAUUCAAAAGGUGUCGUCAUAUUUCCAUAUCUUUGGUCGUAAAUGUACUAAGCUGCACUACCAUUCGUGGCAACUAAACUUCUACUACUUUACUCCCUGGAAAAUAUUUUGGAGGAUGCCGCUGCAUUCAGCUAUGUCUUGUUUGUCAAAAAAGCAAUAAAAAUGCUACACAUCUGUUUCCAGCAGAUGUUUGAUGCCACACACACACACACACACACACACACACACACACACCAUGUACAGGAUGUUGUAAUAAGCCUAAAUAAAUGAUUUAGGUUCUUGUCAUGUCUACAUCCGGGAGCCAUGGAUCUGGAAAAGCUGUGGGAGAAAAGAAGAUAAAUGGUCAGCCACCGGAUCCACUGGAUGACGGUAUUUACUAACAGUACAUCUUCUUAUUUGUUUGUUGUUUGCCGUGACAGCAGGGAUGAUGAUGACAAUGGGGGACUACACACGUGAUGGCUGGUGUGCAUAACCAAAAAAAAAAAAAAAAAAUACACAGCCAUGUCUGCAAAGUGUGUCUGAAUCACAUACAGUGUAGGUCACGACUGCUGUACUAAAAGGUCAAGGAUAUUUCAUGUCACAGCAUUGGUAAUUAGAGCCCACAGUGUCGCUGCACUCAUUGCUUAUCUGUAAUGAUGGAACAGUGGGAGCAUGUGCAUGCACGCCCACACAGGUCAAGAUGACUGGGCAGGAAGGCAACAGGAAAUGUCUCAUCGUUUCCGAAUGGGAGAUUGAAAUCAAUCUUUUCUUAAUCUUUAUUAAUGACAUCUGGGCAUGCGCUAUCUGGAUAGGGGGUGGGUGUCUGAUGAGUCAUGUGAGCGAGACCUCUCAGUAUGAUGCGGUAUAGUUCUACAUCACUGGAUAGCGAUAUCGAUUCAGAGUUUAAGUAGGAAAAGACUACUAUAGAGUGUAAAGACGAGGUGGAAGUAGUAAAAACAUGAACGUGCACAGACUAAAUACUGUAAAAUCGUCUUUAAUACUGCUGUUUAAUAUGCUUUUAAAAGGGGACCUAUUAUGCUUUUCCACUUUUCUGACCUAUGAAUGAAGUUAGAAAAAUAUUUACAUCAUAUUUAACAUAACACUUGACCACAAAUAUGUGGUCAAGUGUUCAAAUCAUUUCCUCUGCACAUCUUUGUGAUGAAACCCAUUGCGGUGCCAUGAAACACCCGGUAUAGACACAGUACACUUAGACAAAGUAGAAUCUAUGCAUGAGCACAUCUACGACUAACGCAGUUCCUCACCCUUUCCCGACUCUCUUUGGAACAAAGAAACAUGACUCCCUCAUUCUCUAAGCCACUCAUUCGGUGUGGUUUCUCUCCCUCCCUCUUCCUCCUCCUCCUCCUGUGCUGCUUCCUCCUCCUGCGUCUCUGUCGGCUUUGGUCAGCGGGAAGGACGGCGGGAUGGGGAAAACAAAAAGGGGGAAAAAAAUGGACAGAAAAUGAACCCAAAAGAAAAAUGAACGCUGAUGAGUGUCAGUGAACAGGCAGAUAUAUUCAUUCAUUCAUAUAUAUAUAAAUAUAUAUAUAAACAUGUAUUUAUAUAUAUCCACAUGAAAGAGCAAGGAAGAGAGACAGGAAGUGGAAGGUCACUGGUCGAGAGAGCGUGUGAGUGAUGGAGUGGAUGACAUUUGUAGGUGAGUGACAUUUGGAGCUUUCAGUGGAGAGUCAAAGCACAAAGAACACACACCAAGCAGUAACGUAUAAAAAAAAAGAGGAAAGCAAGCCACAGUGACGCACAUAUUGGCAACUUGACAUGAUAACACAUUUAUCAAUAUAUUUAAAUACGCCAAAUGACAAUCAUUUAAAUCAGUGAUUCUCAACUGGAUGUGGGGGCGCCGCCAUGGGGGUGCCUGCCAUGUUUAUGGGCUACCGCUUUUCCUCAUGAGGGUCGCGGGGGGUGCUGGAGCCUAUCCCAGCUGUCUUUGGGCGAGAGGCGUGGUACACCCUGGACUGGUGGCCAGCCAAUCACAGGGCACAUAUAGACAAACAACCAUUCACACUCACAUUCAUACCUAUGGACAAUUUGGAGUGGCCAAUUAACCUAGCAUGUUUUUGGAAUGUGGGAGGAAACCGGAGUACCCGGAGAAAACCCACGCAUGCACGGGGAGAACAUGCAAACUCCACACAGAGAUGGCCGAGGGUGGAAUUGAACCCUGGUCGCCUAGCUGUGAGGUCUGCGCGCUAACCAC